AUGGUCACUGCAGCCAAGACUGCUCCUGACCUUCACAUCUCUGAGCAGUUCUUCCUUGCUUACUUGUUUAUACGAUUUGCUAUUGGAGUUAUUCUAGGUGCGGCCACAGCAAAGCAGAGGCAUAUAAUAAGGAAUUCUAAUGUGUGUUUCAGCCAUGGGAACAAAGAAGUAUUUUCUUGUCGAGGAAUCAAACUGGCAGUAGACUGGUUUUUGGAAAGAGGCCACAAGGACGUUACCGUGUUUGUGCCAGCAUGGAGGAAAGAACAGUCAAGACCUGAUGCUCUUAUCACAGAUCAAGAAAUCCUGCGUAAGUUAGAAAAGGAGAAGAUUCUGGUGUUCACGCCGUCCCGCCGGGUGCAGGGGAGAAGGGUGGUGUGCUACGACGACCGCUUCAUCGUGAAGUUGGCCUUUGAGUCAGAUGGCAUCAUUGUUUCUAACGAUAACUACAGGGAUCUAGCCAAUGAAAAGCCUGAGUGGAAGAAGUUCAUAGAUGAACGCUUGCUGAUGUAUUCGUUUGUCAAUGACAAAUUUAUGCCUCCGGAUGAUCCUCUUGGCCGACAUGGUCCAAGUCUGGACAAUUUUCUUAGGAAGAAGCCUAUUGUGCCAGAACAUAAGAAGCAACCGUGUCCAUACGGGAAGAAGUGUACAUAUGGACACAAAUGCAAAUACUAUCAUCCAGAAAGAGGAAAUCAGCCUCAACGUGCCGUAGCUGAUGAACUUCGUGCCAUGUCUAGAAGCACAGCUGCCAAAACUACAAGUGAAGGAGGACUGGUAAAAAGCAAUAGUGUUCCCUGUAGCACUAAAAACGAUGGCACUUCUGAGCUGAAGCGUGCUGCUCCAAAGAGGCAAUCAGAUCCUAGUAUAAGGACUCAAGUCUAUCAAGACUUGGAGGACAAGCUUCCCACCAAAAACAAAUUGGAAACCAGGUCUGUACCUUCUUUAGUUAGUAUACCAAGUUCCUCUGCUGCAAAACCCCAAAGUACCGCACCUUUAACUAACGGCCUUCCAUCUGGAGUUCACUUCCCACCUCAGGAUCAAAGACCACAGGGACAGUAUCCUACAGUGAUGAUGGCAACCAAAAAUCAUGGAACGCCAAUGCCUUACGAUCAGUAUCCAAAAUGUGAGUCCCCUGUGGACGUAGGGUAUUACUCUAUGCUGAGUGCAUACUCAAAUCUCAGCAUGUCUGGUCCCCGUAGCCCUGAAAGGCGCUUCUCCCUGGACACGGAUUACAGGAUCAGCUCCGUGGCUUCCGACUGCAGCAGCGAGGGGAGCGUUAGCUGUGGCAGCAGCGACUCCUACGUGGGUUACAGCGAUCGCUCCUACAUGAGUUCGCCUGACCCGCAGCUGGAGGAGAACCUGAAGUGCCAACAUAUGCACCCCCACGGCCGCCUUAACACUCAGCCCUUCCUGCAGAGCUACCACGAGCCUCUCGCAAGAGUGCAGAGCUAUAGCCACGAAGAACCAAAGCAUCACCACAAACCUCCCAUUCCGUACAUGCCUGUGCAUCUACAGCAUCCGACGGUCGGCGCCCGCUCUAGCUGUCCAAAUGACUACUCCGUGUCCCAGAGUUCGUCCCACUCCAAGAGCGUGCAUCUGGGGAGAGCCCUCGUGUCCACCAGAAUGGACAGCGUCUCGGACUCGCGCCUGUACGACAGCUCCCCGCUGAGGCACAGGAAGCCUUACCCUGGGCAGGACGGGCUGGGGGGCUGGGAGCGGCAGAGCUACGGGAUGGAUGCCUAUGGCUACCGCCAGACCUACUCCCUGCCCAGUAACCCCACGCAGCCCUGCUAUGAGCAGUUUGCCUUCCAAAGCUUACCCGAACAGCAGGACCAGGCCUGGCGCGUCCCCUACUGUGGAAUCCCUCAAGACCCCCCGAGGCACCAGGACACCCGGGAGAAGGUUUACAUUAACCUCUGCAACAUCUUCCCCCCUGAUCUGGUGAGGAUCGUCAUGAAGAAGAACCCCCAUGUGACGGACGCUCAGCAGCUCGCUGCAGCCAUCUUAGUGGAGAAAUCUCAGCUAGGUUAUUAA